AUAAGCGGCGAAGCGUGGAUUAAACAGAGAGAAACCUGAUUAAACACAGAACGAACGAAGUAUCGAUAGGCGGCGCCAUCGGUGGCUAGUAUACAUACGUUUACAUCCGAGUGUCUGGCGGUCGCCGAUGUCUGUUAAAUCGGUGUUCGAUGUCGUUAUAGUUUAGGCGAACAUAAUGUGGGCAUUCAGCGAUAUUACGAGCGCAACGCUCGUGCUUUUCUCCUGCCUUAUGGUACAGCUGUUGUUCAGACCUGUCGAUGGCGGUGCGGUUCCACUUACGCAGGGUAACAUUGAUAUGACUUUAGCAUCCAAUGAAUUAGUCUUUAUCAACUUUUACGCGGAAUGGUGCCGGUUCAGCAGUAUGCUGGCUCCGAUAUUCGAUGAAGCAGCUGACAAAGUAGCUGCAGAAUUUCCCGAGGCUGGGAGAGUUGUAAUGGGAAAAGUGGAUUGUGACUCUGAAUCCUCCGUUGCAUCAAGGUUUCACAUCACAAAGUAUCCAACAUUGAAGGUGAUAAGAAAUGGGCAGCCGACGAAGCGAGAAUACAGAGGUCAGCGUUCGACAGAAGCAUUCGUACAAUUUGUGAGGAAGCAGCUUGAGGAUCCUAUCAAAGAAUUCUUCGAGCUUAAGGAGUUGAAUGAACUCGACGAUAAGAAGAGAAUGAUUAUUGGGUACUUUGACAGAAAGGAUGUUCCGGAGUACCAGAUGUUCAGGAGAGUUGCAACCAACUUGAAGGAUGACUGCCAAUUCCACGUCGGCUUUGGCCCUUGCUACAAUCAAAGCUGUGAAUUCGGACAGCUUUUUAAUUUGGUAAGCGCCAGUGCAGCAAUGCAUCCGCCAGGUCAACCCAUAAUUGUGUUCCGAUCUGACAAAGCAUUGUCAAACGACGACGAUGAGACAUACAAAGGCAGUAUGACUACUUUCGACGAAUUGAACAUCUGGGCACAAGAAAAAUGUGUCCCGCUAGUGAGAGAAAUCACAUUUGAGAAUGCAGAGGAAUUAACAGAGGAGGGUCUGCCGUUCCUGAUACUUUUCCACAAACCCGACGACACGGAGAGUGUCAAGGCUUAUAAAGACAUUAUUUCCGGAUCGCUGAUUGAUGAGAAACAGAGCAUCAAUUUCUUGACAGCUGACGGUCUGAAGUUUGCGCACCCUCUUCAUCAUCUGGGAAAGAGUACCUCAGAUCUGCCGCUGAUAGCAAUAGACAGUUUUAGACACAUGUAUUUGUUCCCAAAUUUCCAGGACAUAUUUCAGCCUGGAAAACUGAAGAGUUUCUUGCAGGACUUGUACUCUGGAAAAUUACAUCGCGAGUUUCAUUAUGGUCCUGAUCAAUCCGAACAGGAGGAUACUAAUCAAAUAAGUGGCCAAGUGAAAGUACCAACUACACCCCCAGAAUCAACCUUCAAAAAAUUAGCACCCAGCAAAAACAGGUACACUCUACUAAGAGAUGAACUAUAAGUAUGUCUGUGAAUUUUUUUCAAUCAUUAUUUAAAAGAAGCUUAAAUCUGUAAGUGAGAUUUGAAGGGUUGUACGGUUUACUGCUGGUCGAUGUAGGGAUCACGGAAUUUUUCGUAAUUUGUAUAUCAGGUGGAAAAACGGUUGGUAAUUAUCGUUUCUCUACAAUGUUUAUAAGAUGAAAAUGGAAAACAACUAAAGUGAAAACAAAAUAACACCAAAGUUCACCCAUUUUUUUUUUUUUUGUGAACCCUAAACCCACGCGAUGUAAAUAGAUAGAUGAAUACGUCUAUGUCUGAGCCGUUAUUUUGUCAAAUUACCAUAUCGCAAAACACAAUUACCCUGAUAAGUUUAUUUUAUUUCAAUCGUUUUAAUCAGAUUCUUGCACAAAGGUUCGACAUUUGAAGAUAUUAUCUAUAAUUUGUACAAAUACAUAGUACAAUAGGUUUAUGUAUACAGAAAUUAUUAUCUGCCACUGUAAAAGUAAGCUUCUUAGGCCUGAUGAUUAUAGUAAAACGUAAAAUGAGCUUUGUUGUGAUUGUUACUUAAAUAAUUCGCGAAUUAAGACAAUGAUGAAGAAAAGGAAGAAGAAAGUAAAUCAAGAAAUUGGAUCAUUUUUCAUAUUUAAAUAUGAUAACUUGGUGGUGAAACAAUACUGUUUACAACCUAUGUUAAACGAAGAAUAAACACCUUGUAGAAAAUGUAAGAAAACAGUAUUAUAGGCUCUGUGAAACCUAUAAUAUGUAAAUUAAUUGUAAAAUAUAUUAAGAAAUUCAAAGCGAGGCAAACUAAAUUGAAUAAAAAAAUUUUAACAAAAUAAAUUUAACGAAAAAUAUAAAGAUUCAAACAUUUUUACGAACAUACAAUACGUAAUGUAAAUGAGCACUUAAUCCAAGAAUUCACAUUAAUAGUUUGAUACCAAUUACUCGUAGUGUUUGUACUAUACGUGAUCUUGAAACGCUUCCUACGUGAUCUUGAAACGCUUCCGAGGUCUUUCUAAACUAUACAACGGGAAAAUGAUGAAGCACAGUAUGUGAUUAAUUUGAAAUUGUUAUUUCCCUCUUCUCUUCGUGAGGUAUCAUUCUUCCCGGGAUGUUUGAGCAAGCAUUCCAUUGGUAGAGAGGUAGAUCGAUGUUCGAUUUAAAUUUUUCUUUUUUUUAUUUCAACCCUGACACAAUAAUAUAUCUGUCACUGGAUGAUGAUAAUAACUUGAAUGUUAUUAAUAUUGAUAACAAUUAUAAUAAUAAAUAAUUCUUCUAAGUCAAAGUAUUGAUGUAUAAUUUUCGUUCACACGAUAACAAUAUAUCGAGAGUGGUAAACAACUUGGAAAAAUCAAUCGGAGGAAAUGUGCGGGGUUCUAAAGACAGAGAUAAAGAGAGAGAGAGAGAGAGAGAAACGAUGUUCGGGUGAUUCCAUUAUAAAAUGGCUGUAUUUAUAGAGAUAAUUCUAUACAUGUACAUAUGCAAUAUUGCACGUUCACCAUUUUCUUUUUUCCCCUUAUUUUUCGGGUUUUUUUUUUUUUUUUGCAAUGUUAUUUUCUUUUACAUAUGCCAUGCUAUAAUCUUACAUUAUUGAAUAACACGUAACAUGUUUUACAUACACGGAACACCACACAUACGGCUUCACUCUCGCCUGAACUUCCAAUGUUUCCAUCAAAUUUUAACCACCCUUCUCACAACGAAACGUGUCAUUUAUUUUCACCACGAUGCGAAUUCGGCAAAAUUCUCUUUUACUGUAAUAAAUUGUUACACUUAUGUUUUGAUUGCGCGGUUUGAAUCGGAUUUUUUAUUCCCUUCUUUCUCUCUCUAAAUCUCACUUUUGAUAAAUGAAUAUUCGUUCACACCUCGAUAUCACAUAUAAAAUAAAUUCUAGACCGUAUCGCAGAUCGAUUUUAUCCUGAGAAAAUAAAUUGAGGAAAAUUGAUGCAAAUAGCUGAAUAACGGCGAUGUACAUGCUCACGAAAUCUAGGUUAACAUUAAACAAUAAACAUUGCUUAAUGCGUGUCAUGGCUGCCGUGUUUUUCCACUUCGCAAGUUUGGAUCUCGCCUUCUCUGCGGCGAUUUCGAAUUUUCCGAUGAAGCAAAGCUUCGCUGAUUCCCCGUUUA